AUGCGAGAAAUGUCAAUAUCACCAAAAUGUGCAUCAUCAACCCACAACCGAGCAAAGUCCGAUAAUAAGUCCUUGGCCAUUCAGCAUAUGAGGUAUAGACAUCGUUGGCCCUUUCCCGACAGCAAGUGGGCAAAUGCGAUUCUUGAUAGUAGCUGUCGAUCAUUUCUCCAAAUGGGUAGAAGCCGAAGCUGUCUCCACUAUAACAAAAGCACGAGUGUGAAGUUUUUUCCGAAGAGAAAUCAUUUGUCGUUUCAGAAUUCCAAGAAUCAUCAUAACCGACAACGAACUACGCCAAAAGCCAGCACAGGAAGAACUCCAUACAGCUUAACCUAUAGAUGUGAAGCCAUGGUACCGGUAGAAAUAGGUAUGCCUACCAUCCGAGUACAAUACUUCGAUGAGCAACAAAAUGAAGAGAACACCAGACUUUGCCUUGACUUCUUAGAGGAGCGAAGAGAACAUGCAUUAAUGCACAUUGAAUCAUACAAACAAAGAAUGGCGACAUAUCAUAACAAAAGGGUUAAACCCUUAAAGUUUGAGGUCGGAGACCUAGUACUACGAAGAGCCGAUAUAGUAAGAGGAAACACAGGGGUAUCCAAGCUCGGAGCAAACUGGGAAGGACGCUACCAAGUAAAUAAAGUAGGGAAAGGAGGAGCCUACUACCCCUAA